AUGUGGGAGGGAUGGGAUUUCUUCUUCCUUAAACCAAAUCAAAACUUGUUCUUCUCAGUUAGUGUAAAAAUCAAUCUCAGAUGCUAUCCUACUCUCCACUCCUCAUCUCACUGCACAACAGACUCAGAGACACAAAAAAACCUCUUUUUCCCUCUCCACCAAGGAACCCACUCACCGGCGGCGGCGCAGUUGCAUCGUCCUCUAAGAUCAUGUAGAAUCCACUAUGUUAAGAAGCUAGGAUUAGAUACUGUACUAGUUCUUGUUGGUCCAGUGUCUUACUUGUUGCUAUCAAAAACAGCAAAAGGUGUUGAGAAGUCCUUCUCUCUUCUUUCCCUCAUUGGAAAUAUUCUUUCAGUCUACAAGGAGGUUGUGGCUGAACUAAAGGCUGCAGGUGCCACUUGGAUUCAGUUUGAUGAGCCCACCCUUGUGAAGGAUCUUGAUUCUCACCAAUUACUAGCAUUUACUCAUGCCUACUCAGAACUAGAGUCAUCUUUGUCUGGUUUGAAUGUUAUAAUUGAAUCAUAUUUUGCUGAUGUUCCUGCCGAGGCAUACAAAACACUUACCUCUCUAAAGGGUGUAGCUGGGUAUGGCUUUGACCUGGUCCGUGGAACAAAGACCCUUGAUUUGAUCAAGAGUGGAUUUCCUUCUGGAAAAUACUUGUUUGCUGAAGUGGUAGAUGGGCGCAAUAUAUGGGCCAACGAUCUUGCAUCUUCCAUCAGUACCCUAGAGGCACUUGAGGGUAUUGUUGGAAAAGACAAGGUUGUUGUCUCUACAUCCUGCUCUCUUCUACACACUGCGGUUGAUCUUGUGAAUGAGACUAAGUUAGAUGCGGAGAUCAAGUCAUGGCUUGCAUUUGCUGCUCAAAAAGUAGUUGAAGUAAAUGCCCUGGCUAAGGUAUUGUCUGGACACAAGGAUGAGGCUUUCUUUGCUGCCAAUGCAGCAGCUCAAGCUUCAAGAAAAUCUUCAACUAGGGUAACAAAUGAGCAUGUUCAAAAAUCAGCUGCUGCUUUGAAGGGCUCUGACAACCGUCGAGCAACAAAUGUGAGUGUCAGGCUGGAUGCCCAGCAGAAAAAGUUGAGCCUUCCUGUUCUUCCAACUACCACAAUUGGAUCCUUCCCUCAGACCAUGGAUCUCAGAAGAGUCCGUCGUGAAUACAAGGCUAAAAAAAUCUCCGAAGAAAAUUAUGUCAGUGCGAUCAAGGAGGAGAUUAACAAAGUUGUCAAGCUCCAAGAAGAGCUCGACAUUGAUAUCUUAUUAAACUGCUCCUUUGUCAAUCAGAGGAAUGAUAUGUUUGAGUACUUUGGAGAGCAAUUAUCUGGCUUUGCCUUCACUGUCAAUGGGUGGGUUCAGUCUUAUGGAUCUCGCUGUGUCAAGCCACCUAUCAUCUAUGGUGAUGUCAGUCGCCCCAAGGCCAUGACAGUCUUCUGGUCCUCAUUAGCUCAGAGUUUGACUAAGCGCCCAAUGAAAGGAAUGCUCACUGGUCCUGUAACGAUUUUGAAUUGGUCUUUCGUUAGAAAUGAUCAACCAAGGUCUGAGACCUGCUAUCAAAUUGCUUUGGCGAUUAAGGAUGAAGUUGAGGAUCUUGAAAAGGCUGGAAUUACUGUUAUCCAGAUUGAUGAGGCUGCUUUAAGAGAAGGUUUGCCUCUUAGGAAGUCCGAGCAGGCUUUCUAUCUUGAUUGGGCCGUUCACUCCUUCAGAAUCACCAACUGUGGUGUCCAAGAUACUACUCAGAUUCACACCCACAUGUGCUACUCAAAUUUCAAUGGCAUCAUCCACUCGAUAAUCAACGUGGAUGCUGAUGUGAUUACCAUCGAGAACUCAAGAUCUGAUGAGAAGCUUCUGUCUGUGUUUCGCGAGGGAGUGAAGUAUGGCGCUGGCAUUGGCCCUGGUGUGUAUGACAUCCACUCACCAAGGAUCCCAUCUGCAGAAGAAAUCGCUGACCGGAUCAAUAAGAUGCUUGCUGUCUUGGAGACUAACAUUCUGUGGGUCAACCCUGAUUGCGGACUCAAGACUCGCAAAUAUACUGAAGUGAAGCCUGCCCUUAGCAACAUGGUUGCUGCUGCCAAGCUUCUCCGCUCCCAGCUGGCCAGUGCUAAGUGAGCUCGUUUUCUGCCAUUGUCUGGUAAUGAUAAGUAUCUGUUUUUCUACUCAUGCUCGAAUAAUCCAUCAACCAUUUUAAAUUUGGUUGAUGUUUUUCUCUUGCAGUAAAUCUAGAAGUUUUUGAAAUGCUCAAUGGAGAGUCUUGAUGUUGCAUUUUAUCAUAUAUCCUCUUGUAUCUGUUUUUUCCUUACAUGUUUCUACAUGGAAGAAUUGAUUGGAAAGAAGUGAAGAAUAAAAAGAAUAUUAAUACUCAA